GUACCGUUGCUCGUCGUCUUAUCCUCGUCUCUCUCAAAUGCGCGGAGGCAGGCGCCACGAAUUCACUUCUCGUAACUUCGGCUUCGUUCGGUCAGUUCCGGCUGCCGGUCAGAAGAAUUCGUCAGUAUUCGCCGCGCUGCAUUGCCGGCAAGUUGUAUAAAGGAGUAAGGUGAUUUGAUUUUCAUAAGAAUAAAAGUGCGCGUAUCUAAUACAGAUAUACAUACGUUUAGAACAUAUUUGGAACGUUCAUGCCGUUCAUGAAAAUAUUCGCCACAUUCUCGAUAUAAACGAAUGUUGCUAGAACGAAUUGGAUCGUACUCUCAAAAUACGAGAGGUCAUACAUUAGUGUCUGACGCCUUUGAAUCAUUUCGAUCUACUUGACUUCGAAGAAAAACGCACUAACUGUCCAAAGUGUCUAUUCUGAGAAGAACCGAGAGAAUAGGUCGAUUGGGACAUCGAUGAGAAGUAGGAAGGAAGGCACUCAUUUUGGAGCAGGGAGCAUAUCGAUAAUCGCUACUUCGAUCAUUGAAAUUGUGCCGACACACUUCGAACAAGAUCGUGCACGGAAACUGGCACGACACGAAUACUUGUCCCUCAACGCAAAAAGUUUUUGCAACUCUGUGUACAUAAAACCCGCCAGGCAACAAAGUCGAAGAUUCUCUCCUCGCAGUGGGCCAAGUUCUUUAUCAAAACAUGGCCACGUGACCGACGGCGCGGCUUGUAAACAGUGAGUUUGACCACGUGGUCUGCCCCCUCUCUCGUAAUCGCCUAUCUCUCUCGUCCUGCUUCUCUUUCUCAGUUUCUUUCUCGCUUGCUCGCGACACGCAGAACAACGUACAUCGUAGCGUAUUCUCGGUCGGUCCGCUGCCAGCUGCGGGAGAGUUCGAUUCGAGUGAUCCGUGAUACUCUGCUUUUCCUCGCAGUUAGUUUACUUUCAUCUCGUUUUCUCCGAAAAUAACAAUAUAUCUUUCGAUAUUGUGCGUGCAAUAUCAUUCAUGUGCUAUUUAUUCUAUUUCUGGUCGCGCGCCGGUAAGGGAAAUCGAGUGACAAAUCGUGAAUAUAAGAACACAGGGCUUAAUAAAAUAAAUAAAUAAAAGUGACCUCCCUCGGUUCUCGUUUCGAUUUGUUAUUAGCGGCGUAGUGUUGUUAACCCGUAGAAGUGGCAGUGUUAGUGAUAUCGAUAGUUUCGAUCGCAGCGCGACCAUCGACUAUUACGGCGACUUUUCGCGGAUUCUCGGUAAGCAGCGCGAUAUUUGUGAACAGACACAGCACCUCGCGAGAUGCUCGGUAUCAAAGUGGAGUACACAGAGGAGACGAACAUGAUGGACUCGGUGCCGGUUUCUGCGUCGGGGUCGAAGACCGGGUUGCAACCACAGCAGGGGGUACCAUACGACCUUGAGAGCGGGUUUGAACCUCAGACGAGAGCACGGUCGCACACGUGGCCGCUGCCAAGACCGGAGGAAUAUAUCGAGGGAAACGUGGUGCCGAGUGUAGCGGCUAGCAAAGAGGGCGUCGAAGGCGUCGAAAGUGGCACACCGCCUCAGCAUGGCUCUCUCGGCCAAGGUACUGGCCUGCUUCCGGUCAAGAAGAAUUCGUCCCGACGAAACGCCUGGGGAAAUCACAGUUAUGCCGAUCUUAUUACUCAAGCCAUUACCAGCGCCCCCGACGAACGGUUGACGCUCUCACAGAUCUACGAAUGGAUGAUGCAGAAUAUACCAUACUUCAGGGAAAAGGGAGAAAGCAACAGUAGCGCUGGUUGGAAGAACUCCAUAAGACAUAAUCUGUCAUUACACAGCAGAUUUAUGCGAGUGCAGAACGAGGGUACUGGGAAGAGUUCCUGGUGGAUGAUCAAUCGCGACGCGAAACCAGGCAAGUCGCGUAGAAGGGCAAUAACCAUGGAGACUAGCAAAUUUGAGAAACGACGUGGCAGGGUGAGGAAGAAGAUCGAGGCGCUAAGAAACGGGGGGUUGCAAACUGACGCAACGCCUAGCCCCAGUAACAGCGUGAAUGAGGGGUUGGAUCUCUUCCCGGAUAGUCCUCUUCAACCUGGCAGUGGAUUUCAACUUUCACCUGAUUUUCGUCCUCGAGCUUCAAGCAAUGCCUCAUCCUGUGGUCGAUUAAGUCCAAUCCCGGCGAUCCCUGGGAAACCGGAAUGGACACCAACAUACACACCCUCUUAUAGCCCAGAACAAUUAGCCGGUAGCCUCGCGGAAACGAUGAAACUGGAAUCCUACCAAAUGUACCAAACAUCACCGCCCAGUCACCAGCAACAGACCGGACCGCCACCUUCCUAUUACGAGACCCAAUAUCAGAGAAGUAAUAGCCUGUCGACAGGAUCGUCCUCCUUCGCUUUGCAGCCAACUCCUCAAUCAGGAAAUCAACAAAGAUGUCCGCUUCACGGUCUGCAACCGUGUGCCUGUCAAAUGAACUUGAGUCCAGUGGCUGGAAUGUCGCCGUCAUAUCAGCAGAGUGAACCAAGUCCCACGGCAUUAGGAAGCAAUCAGCAGCAAACUCUUCAGUACAUGAUGCAGACGCAACAGUGCCAGCAGCAACAACAACAGCAACAACAACAGCAACAACAACAGUCGCAAACAGGAGCAACGGGAUCCAGUCCACCGCAAACACCCACACCAUGUGGUUCAACACCGAGCACAAUGAUGGGACAAUUGAUGGGAGCUCUCAAUAAUUCGACCCUCCUUGACGAUUUGAACAUUAAUAUCGAAUCGUUACACGGUGGAUUCGAUUGUAAUGUGGAAGAGGUGAUCAAACACGAAUUGUCAAUGGACGGGACGUUAGACUUUAACUUCCAGCAAGGUGUGAUGGGCACGGCUGCGAUCCAAGUGAGCGACAGUAACGUUGGUCAGAACGGUACCGUGUCCCAAAACAACGUGGUUGGCACGACGGCUGGAAACGCGCCCGCAGGAGUUUACGUGAGCACCAACGCAGCGACUCCUGCUGCUUCUCCCUCUUGGGUUCACUAGCAGUGGACCCCACUGCCCUCGACACCCCCGUCGUCCCUGUCAUCGUCAUUACUAGACGGACAAGAGAAUUUCCACGGACAGCCCGAGGGACAGUUCAUCGGUGAGUCAAGUAUCAUUUAUUUCAAAGAAUUAUACAGAUCAGUUCUGUGAUACGUCGAACAUGAGGAAUGGUAAAAAAUUACUAGGAAUUUUCUAUUAAAAACAUUUAAAAAAGGUAGAUUUUUUUAGAAUAUAUAGCACAAAUGACACUUGUACCGCCUAUGAGAUAAACACUAGCUAUUUCUUUCAUAAUACUUUCAUUUUUAACUUGUUAAUGGGAUAUUAACGCCUCUACGUUUUUUGGAUUAUUUUCGAAUUAUAUUGUUCUAUCAUUAGAAAAUUUAAGAUAAAAGAAAAUAAGAAUUAAUUAUUAAUAUGCAUAUUAAUAUGCAAUUUUACGUUAAACGUUUUAUUAACAUGCCAAAAGUCCAGCUUUCUAUUAAAGUGAGAUCUAGAUUUCAAUAAAAUCUUUAGUCUUUAAAAGUGAAUAAAAAUAAAUUUCUGUUGUGUAUGUCAAUUUAGAUCCUUACGAAUUUCAAUGCGAUAUAAAUUAUUUUCAGUAGGAAUGAAAAUUUUUAACUUUUUAUUUUUAGCAUGUAAAAAAAUGGUGGACUUCGAAAUUAUUAUGCCUAAGACAUUGUGCCCGGUUAAUAGGCUAAUAAAGAUAUACAUUUUUUUAUUGUUAUGGGCUUAUCGCCAUUUAUUCUUAUCAAUAGUCACAAAAUGACGUGACUACGCAUCAAGAAAUUAUUUAGAGGCGUGAAGAUGAAACGUAAAUUAAAUAACGCGCAAGUCCGAGAUCUAAAUCUAAGGGCUGUUUUAAUGGUUAAUAGUUGGAAUAGUAUUGUUAAAAAUUAAUUAAAAGUAUUUUUUAAGAGAGAACACAAUUCUUUCGUAGUAUUUUUUAUCAAUCUUCAUAUGCAAACAAUAUUUUGUUGGUCACAUAGAGAAAUUUAACGGAGUUAUAUGACAACUUUGCAUAAAUUUUUAUCCAUAAAAACGUAUAAAAAUAAUUGAAAGAUGAAGAGGAAAGGAAAAAAAACCAAGUAUAUCGUAAAUAAUGUAAAUUACUUGACAUCAUUAAAAAUAUGUACAUGCUAAAUAGUUUGGUUAGUUAAUGCGUUAAUGACUUUUACUUUUGUCUUUUUCCCUAUCCUUGCUCAAUCUUGAAAUCUGUUGUUUAGAUAAGAAAUUCAAUUUUAUAAGCUUAUCAGUUAAAUAGUGAUUUAAUAAAGAAACAAAAUGCAGUAAAAUAAGAAAAUUGUUCCUCAAGACAUUUGAAAAUGUAAUUUUGUAUAUCAAAUUAAUUUCAAGUAUCACAUACUAAAGAUGGUUUGAUGUGAAGUGAAAGAUAUAUUAUUAAUUUGAAACCUUAAUAUCAAUUGAUACAAUUUUAAAUAAAGUAAGCGUCUAUUUAUAAAUACAUAUGUUUUAAUUAUAUUAACAAACUAUACACUAGAAAUAUAUAAGAAUUAUAGAAAUAGUAAUUUGUACACGUAAAUUCAAUUUUUGCGAUGUUUGUCUUUGUUUUAAAAAAGUAAAAUGCAUGUGGGGAUGUAUGUUUAUUUGUAGUCUCGUUAUGAAUAUUUACCACGUUUAUACCUAAUAUUUGUAAAAAUAAUAACCUACCUGUAUAUUGAAUUCUUUGCAAACGAUUAAAGCAUAUUUGAUUUUAACUUUUAAAGCGCGAGAAAUACAAACUAAUUUUUGUAAAAUAUUGUCAAAUUUUAUUUUCUAUAAAUUAAAGGCAUCUAUAGAAAUAAAUUAUUUUGUAUUGAUGAUUAUAAUUUGUGGAAUAAAUAUUUCCUUCCUGUUUUCAUCGUUUUUAUAACAAAUUAUACUUGUUUAGUGUAACUAAUACAAUAACCAUCGAUUAUAAAAAUCUGUACUCAAAGCUAUCUUAUUGUCAAUAAUUCAAAUUCAUGAAUUCAUGCCAGACAGAAAAAUCAAUAUUUAAGAAUGAACAAUUUAAAUAAAAAGCAGAAAUGUCUCAUUUGUAUGCUAUAACAUAUUUUUAUGAAUAAUAAUUGUAAUAGUUAUUUCAUUUAUAAUACUAUAUUUUACACUAUAAAUCAUAUCUGCUCUAACGAAAAUACAGUGAAGUUGAACAUCGAUUACAUUAUGUGGCAUAUACGUCAAAAAACAAUAACUAUAAUUAAAAUAAUAUGAUAAAUCAUAUAAAUAAUGAUAAAUCAGAUCACAAUAUAAUUUUAUGACAACUUUAUCAUAUGACAGGUUCAGAAAAAGGUCAAAGACAGUAGUUUCAUUCAUUACUAACUUUCAAUCGAAAUUUUAGCCUCAAGAGAACUAUUAAAGACAUGCUAUUAGAAAAUCAUUAUAGAAUAAUCUGUUUUAGCUUCUUGGAGAAGAACGAAGCUAGACAGUAACAUAUAAUCAUUAAAAGAUUAUCAAUGAAGAAAUGAUCUCUAAUCAGAUUUUCUGGCCUAUAUGUCUGAAAGAAUAUGUUAUCUAUUAGGUAGUUAGAUGGAAAGUUUUGUGUGAGAUUUUCGAGGUAAAAGAAACGACUCUUUUAAUUAAAAUUUAUUAAUUUUAUAAGUUUAUUAAAUUUACUAAUAUUCAGUGUAACAUUUUUUAUUAUUUGAGACUAUAUGUCGAAACAUUGAUUUAAUCUGAGGCUAUACAAUUUUCCGUUUUUGUUUAUUAAAAUAUUUUUCCAUUACUUAUACACUUAAUUCUCAGAGCUAAUAUUGUGCUUUUUUCCUAAACUGUUCUUUUUUAACUUUAUAAUUUGAUCAAAUGAUAAUUGGACAGCACAAUAUCAGGACGGUAUAGAGGAUAAUUACUAUUAUCCAUUAAUUUUUAAAUGAAAUGUUUAAAAUCUCAAUAAUAAGUUUUCCUACAAUAGAUAGUAUACUUUCUGUAACUUACAUUUUAAUUCUCUAAAUUCUCUAAUUAGAGCGCAAUUUUGCAGGUCAUUAAUGCUAAGAAAUUCUGCUGCAUAACAGUAACAAGCUCAUAUUUAUAUCUAAGACAACAUAACAAAUAAAUAAGAGCGAAUUUGAUAAAAUAUGCCUAUUGUAGGCAAAAUUGCAAAAAUUGUUUGUGCAACAGAAACUCACAAGCUACAACUUCUCACUUGAUUAUCCGAGCUGUAUGGAAUAGAGCAUCAUUCGUCUUCAUAUGAGAUACAUAUUUAUAUUCAUUUAUGUUAGAUUAUUUUCUAAAUAUCAAUAUUAAACGGGAACAGGAAAUUUUUUGGUAAAAAUUUAACAGUUUCUGUUUUUCUAAUUCUUUUUUUCUUUUAAUUUCUAUUCUCGUUUUCCAAAUACAAGAAACCAUUACCAAAUUCUCUAUUAAUGAUCAUUUUAUUAAUAAGUAUCUUGAUAAUCGAAAUUCCAAUGUAUUAUCAAUUAAGAAAGUACUAUUCAUAAACGCUCAGUUUAUAUAUGUUUAGGAAAAUUUACAUUUUAAAUUGACUUUCUAAUCAAUCUCAUUCACAAAACUUAUUAUAACACUUACAGAAAUUUAAGGAAACCUGGAAAGUUAUUGAGAAAUCGUCAUAACCUUUAAUAAUUGUUACAUAUCUCGUUUGAAAUAAUAACAUGAUACAUUAUAAUAGUGAUUUAAUAAAUUUUUUUGCUGUAAUAAAAUUAAUUCUUUCGUUCUGCAUACCUGUCAUAUUUUUCAAUCAUUGCUUUGAUCAAUUUUGAUAUUUAUAUUUUUAUAGUUACUAUUAUCCGAUACCAUUUAUUGUUAUCACAAAAAUGAUUGCACAAUGCAAAUUCAAAUGCCGAAUAAAUUUUUUGAAGUUUCUUAUCUAAUCUAUCUCGAAAUUUUUUCAAAUAAUAAUGUUUGUAGUGGCCAACAUAUACAUAUUAUUAUAACUCUUACACAUAGUUUUAACAAAUUUUUACGAUCUGUAUAUGUGUACUGAAUAACAACUGCACCCAAAUUCUGAUUCAUUAAUUUCUUCCUUGAUAAUCUGAAGUAAUUAUCACAUUUUAUAUAAAACUAAUAGGUGUGCUAAUACUUGUGGAGAAAUGUACAUUACUGUACAUACGUCCAUGUGCUUAGAUGUUCCUUCGUUUUCCGCAAUUUCUUCGCAUAUAGAGGUUUUUCAAUAGGAAAAUACUAAAUUACCCAAUCAUAUGUUUGCAUGUUCAUGUAUUUCUUCCUUUUUUUCUUUCUAUCGACCGAAAUCUUUGCUAAUGUGUGUAGUUCGAAGUUUGUCCAAUAACGACAUGUAGCGAGCAGCGGUUGUGGAUAACGUUGAUCGCCGUAUAGGUAAAAUAAUAUUUGCACAACCGUGCCAUAACAAUGCUCACCGGUACAGUAUUUAAUAAAUCGCUUCCUCGUACCUUGUCCUCUCUGCGGCCAACGCGCUCACCCUUUUUAUAUGAUGUUUCGUACGUGCCACCACAUUUAUAUAGCACCGCGCAUUCACCUGUGUUUUGUCCAAAAUCGGUAUUGACUUGGACUCGAUAACAAUUACAUUUCGCUCGCCGUCGAAUUAUGUCGAAAACAUUUGUACACGUGCAUGGAAAAAAUGUGUAAACAAACCGUUUAACUUUUUCUGUUAGACGAUGCUUUGCUGUUCGCAAAAAACAUUUCACGAUACAUUUUGGAUCGAAGAAACUUUUUACGUGAUUGAAAAGCAUCAAGGAAUACGUAGAAACAAUUUUCUAUGUGAUUUUUAUAGUUAGCAACACCUUUUACCGCUUCACAACCACGGACGAAAUAUUUCAUGACACGAUAUUGUUCAUACUAUGCCACGAACGAGUCAUCUCGCGACACAAUAUCGUUCGUACUACGUUACGGACGAGAUAUCUCGUGUGUUAGUUUAUUAGGACGAGAGUUGUAAUUACAGAAAGACAGAGUCACGGGAUAUCUCAUCCGUGGCGUAGUACGAAUGAUAUUGUGUCGCGGGAUAACUCAUCCGUAGCAUCGUACAUACAAACGAUAUUGUGUCGCGGAAUAACUCGUCUGUGCCCUCGUACGUACGAACGAUAUUGUGUCGCGGGAUAUCUUGUCCAUGCUUCUGAAGCAGUUAAGAGAGCUUUACCCCAUACAUUCAAAUACGUAAGUGCUUACUAAAAUAACAAAAUGUAGUUCAGAAAGAUGUUCACCUCUUUCAUUAUGUCACAUUGAAUAUAUAUGGCGCGCGGAAGUAUUUGAAUGAUUACAUUAUUUCCAUUACGUGAAACUUUUUGAAAUUUCGUUAGGACUGAAAUGAGAUACAAUUAUUGCCAUUAUAGUAGUAUUUGAAACCGACUCGAGAAUGUAUGUACAAGUUAUAAGACACUUACUGCGAACAUACAUUUAAUAAAAAGUUAUUGUAUAUUCACUAUGAAUAGUAGCAUUAAACAUACAAUUAUUGAUAAAAGUAGUCUCACUAAAUAUUAUGGCUUAUUGAUAUAGUGAGUAAUUGACUGUUCAAGUACAUACUUUGAUACUCUUUGCGAAGUAUAUUCCAAUACUUAUAUUACGUCUCCUAAUUUCUGUAUAUGCAUUUUCAAAUACGCCUCUGAUUUUACCAAUAUAAUCACCAUAGUCGUGUCUCGUUAUACUACUAGUGAAAUUUCAAAGUGUUUUGUAUAAUAUAUACAUCAAAAGUUUCGAAAAGUGUACAAACACCACCGUGACUUUGUAUGAUGUAUGAUGUAAAGAUACUUGUAAGGCGUAAUUCUUUUGUAUGGAGUUGUGUCAAAGCGUGUAUUAGAUGUAAAGGGAAGUCCUGUAACCCCAUAGGAGAGACAAUAAAGAAGAAAGUCCCUAUUAUUUGAUUAUAAAGAAAGUUUCUAUUUUUCAACAAAUGUAUCACUUAUCUUCCUAAAAAAUGGUAAUACAUAAUUUCUAGUAUUCUUAUAUAGACAAUUAUCAAUUAGUUGCAAAAACGAUUACUAAAUAAUGUAGAUAUCGCCAUUUAAGAACUUUAAUUUUAAAACUUUGUAUAAAUCCACCAUUAGCUUUACUUAAGCUAGUAAAUAUUUAACUUACUUUUUCGUCUCGCUUAAGUUUUACUAAACAAUAUGUUGUUCUAAAUCAAAAACGCUAUGUAAGAGAUAUAUAAAUCAUAUGAAAAUAAAAUUUGUGUCUUCUCUUAUUAAAUAAAACAAAUAUAACUUAUAAA